CACUACUAUGUAAAUUAUAUAAAUCGUUAUUUCAAUAUCAAUUCAAGUAGGUAUCCAUAUAAGUAAAAAAAAUGACAUUUGGCUUCAGAGCUGUAAUAAAUAAGUUAAUAAUCGUACCAUCUACAAAUUUAUAUUGUUUAACACGAGUGCAACUAAAUAAGGUAAAUAUGUCUGCAAACAAUCCUGAUUAUAAAAGUGCUUCUAGCGUACAUGAAUUUACUGUUAAAAAUAUAAAAGGGGAAGAUCUAAAAUUAGAUGUUUACAAGAAUCAUGUGUGCAUUAUUGUGAAUGUUGCAUCGCAGUGUGGAUUAACGGCUAAUAAUUACAAGCAGUUAAAUGAAUUAUACGAUGAAUAUGCAGAGAGUAAAGGACUUCGGAUUUUGGCAUUCCCCUGUAAUCAGUUUGCUGGUCAAGAGCCAGGGUCAUCUGAAGAAAUAGUUUGCUUUAUGGCAGAUAAAAAGGUUAAAUUUGAUAUGUUUGAAAAAAUAGAUGUCAAUGGUGACACAGCACAUCCACUGUGGAAGUUUUUGAAGCAUAAGCAAGGUGGCACUUUGGGGAGUUUCGUGAAAUGGAAUUUUACAAAAUUUAUUAUUGACAAGAAUGGUGUACCAGUGGAAAGACAUGGGCCUAAUGUAGACCCCAAAGAUUUGGUCAAAUCUCUGGAAAAGUACUGGUGAAGGAAACAUUUUUGUUGCAUUUACACAAAAUUGUAUAAUAUUAUAUUUAGAUGUUUGCACAUAUUUAAUAAGUACAAAGAUUGUUUUUGAAUAAAUUUUAUUUUAUUUGUAUGUUACAAUUUAAAAAACCCUAUAAAAAUUUAUUUAUCAGA